AUGUCCUCGACGGUGGACAGAAGCCUUUUCGUUCUGCCCAACGAGUCGCCAGUGUGCCUUCUCGAUUGUACAGACGCUUUCAAAGGUGGAAAAGCUGAAACAGAGAAAAAUACGUUGAAUUCAGGUUUAACUGACCAAGAGAAAAAGUACGCCCAUUACAUAUCCAAGGCUUCAUUUGACGGCGCAUUAUCCGUUUUUCUUCAAGUCUCUCCCGAAUCGCCGGCUAUAUUCUACGUUCUUUAUCAUUUAUUCAAAGCCGAGCCAAUUGAAACCUUGAAGCGUAAGUACUUUUAUUAUUUUUGAAUUCAGUCAAAUUAUUAAGAAAAGGCACUAACCGUGGGUUUUUCCGAAGACGAGUGGACAGCUCUGUUGGUUUACACCGCAGGAUUUUAUGCGAAUUCUGGAAACUACAAGGGAUUCGGUGACUCGAAGAUUGUGCCACACGUCGAGACGGUUCUAUCUGAAAUCUAUGAUUUAAAAAGAAAAAAUAAAUUUGUAGUCGAAAAUCACCGAAUUGGUGAAAACUUCCGCUGCUUCGUCGAUUCCAGGCGUUGUCGAGGCCUGGUCAGCCGUAGAAGCGGUUGUGGGUUCUUUGGAUCAGGGACAAAUUCAGUUGGGCUAUGGCGAAGAGGUUUGGGAGCUCUUAAAUGAGUUUUUAAGUGUGGAAAUUCAUCAUUAUUCUUUUUCAUCAACGUUAACAAUUUACUAUUUUUCAUUUUUUUUUCUGCAAUGAAAAGUCUUCUUAAGUAUGUUAAAAUAUCUCCAUUCGCAAAAAAAAAGUUAUUUUGUCCGUAAGGUUUUUAAAUUUUUCAUAAAAUUGACCUCAUUUUAAGGGCGUGACUUGCUACCACAGUGACAAUGUCACACAGGAAGACGCCAACAAAAUCGGCCGAUUUUUUAAGGUUUCAUAUAUUUUUCAAAAUAUGAGUUGCAUUCCAAUUCAGGCUUAUAACAUGGAGCAGUGGAAUACGCGUCUUUUCAAAGAAAAUUGUGAUGGAAAAGUCGUCUAUAGAGUGAAAGUAGCCAGUAGCGAAGUCGGUUAGUUUUUGAACUACUUUCUCGAAUUUAUUGUCAUUUACAUUCAGGAGCCUCUAAAGAACACGCUUUUGAAGAUUCUACCGUUAUUAUUGAACGUGGCGAUUAUGCUCCAAUCAUGGGGCUGGUUCAAAAAUGGCUCAAAAAGGUUGAAAAAAGUCCUGACCUUUUGAAUAAAAAAAUAAAAUUUUUAGGCAACCGAAUCUGCCGCAAAUGACAACCAAAAGAAAAUGUUGCUGAAGUAUGUGGAACAUUUUGGAAACGGCGAAAUUUCGGCUCACAAGGUUGGUUUUUGUGAUUUGGCAUGAUUAUUUUGGAAUCAAGGACGGUUCCCGAUACUGGAUUAAAGACGUUGGCCCGGCCAUUGAGAGCUACAUUGGUUUCAUUGAGAAUUAUCGUGACCCGGCUGGAACUCGCAGUGAAUUUGAAGGUUCUUUUUAGAGUGAAGAUCAAAAAUAGGAGUAUCCGCUUUCACAGGAUUCGUCGCCGCUGUCAACAAGGAAACUUCGAAAAAGUUUCAAGCGCUCGUUUCUCGGGCCGAGGAAAUUCUGAAGCGUUUGCCCUGGGGUGCAGCGUAUGAAAAGGACGCCUUUUUGAAGGUUCAAACAAAAACAAAAUUAAAUUGUCUUUCCGUUAAUUAUGGGUUUUGAAUCCUAAAGAAGUCAUAUUUUAGAGUUGAAAAAGUUACUUUCAUCUGAAAUUUGAUGAAUUGUUGAUUAAAGAACCUCAAUUCAAUUCUUCCUAAAAAUUUUUCGAAACUCUAAAUUUUCUUAAUGCUCUCUAAUUUUAUCGAAUAAAUUGCUUCUAGCUUGGAAAAAAAGGACCAUGAGGCUGUUGUCAUAGUUUUCCUUCGGAUAUUUUUCGAACGGUUGAAAUUUGAAGAAAAAACCUCGGACAAUUCUCAAUUUGAACAGUAUUCCAGCCCGACUUCACCGCCCUUGAUGUUAUCGCCUUUGGCAGCAGUGGAAUCCCAUCAGGAAUCAAUAUUCCUAAUUGUUAGUUUUUUUUUUUAUGUAAUCGAGAAACUUGUUUUGAGGAAUUUUCAAGAAGUCUUCAUAUUUUUUUAAGAAACAGUUUUUUUAUUUUUUUAAAAUCUCGAUUUUUUUGUAUUUUUAUACUUUUUCCAGAUGAUGACAUUCGCCAAAAAUGA